GCCGAUGGAACAACCGCAAGCAGCCAUGGCGUCGGAGGCCGGCGCCGGCGUCGACGCCGACGCGUACCGCAUCCGGCCGCUCGAGCUCGGCGACCUCUCCAAGGGCUUCUGCGACCUCCUCGCGCAGCUCUCCCCCUCCGCGCCCCUCACCGAGGACUCCUUCCGCUCCCGCUUCGCCGAGCUCGCGGCCCUGGGCGGCGACCACCUCGUCCUCGUCGCCGAGGACGCCGGCACGGGCCGCAUCGCCGCCGCGGGGGCGGUUCUCGUGGAGCGCAAGUUCAUCCGCCGCUGCGGCACCGUGGGGCACGUGGAGGACGUGGUGGUGGACGCCGCGGCGCGCGGCCGGGGGCUCGGGGAGCGCGUCGUCCGCCGCCUCGUGGAGCACGCGAGGGCGAGGGGGUGCUACAAGGUUAUACUGAACUGCACUCCGGAGCUGAGGGGGUUCUACGCCAAGUGCGGAUUCGUGGAGAAGAACGUCCAGAUGGGGCUCUACUUCUGAUCUAGGUUCAGCCUUCUCGGAUGGAUCUCUCCCUGGUGAUGUUUUCUAGCUGUUGCCUGUAUCUGUAUCUAUGAAACGUGACGGAAUAAUUUGCGCUUUUAUGGUUUGCUCUCAAUUAGUUCAAAGAUUUAUGUUAUCUGUCAAUCCUUGCUGCUUUUGCAUGAACUGGUAGUGAUCGAUAUGGGUUGCACUGAUAACUACUACCAGGUCAAAAUGUUCCGCAUUUUUUGUUAUUCUGAUGAACACAGCUUGUUGAAGUUGUAUUGAGAUGAUUACAUCCAAAUAUCCAGUCUCAGGCUUGCAGAUAAUUUUCCCUUGAAAAUACUAAAAGUAAUCUUGGAACCUCGGGGAAAAAAGUUAUGUUGUAACAUCAUUUUGAUUACACGUUUGCAUUGGUAAAACAAAGAAUACUACGAAAUAAGAAAGCAAAUCAUUUCUAACUGUGUUUGGACACUGGUGAGAUUGUAAAAAGGGGAAGGGCUGAAUAUUUGGGGAGAAGGCGGACUAUUUUAGCAUCUGUUGAAUGUGUGACUUAACAGGACAUCGAUUUUAGUGAAUGAAGAUUAUUUUUACCAGAAACUCAUGGAUGGAUGUGUUUUAUUUUUCGAACUGUUAUCUGUCAAUCCUUGCAACUGGUAUUGUUGGCUACGCAUGCUGGAGCCGUAUUUUGAUAUUUCACUUGAAGGUACUAAAAGUAAUCUUGGAACAGCAGGAAAAAAAGUUAUGUAACAACAUUUUUAUUACACAUUUGCACUGGGAAGAUUAAGAAUACACAAUAAGAAAGCAAAUUAUUUUAGCUGUGUUUGGACACUGUUGAGAUUGUAAAAAGUGAAAUGGCUGAAUAUUUGAGGAGAAGACAGACUAUUUUAGCAUCUGUUGAAUGUGUGACUUAACAGGACAUCGAUUUUGGUGAAUGAAGAUUAUUUUAACAGAAACUCAUGGAUGGUGGAAUUAAUGUUCACUGCGGCAAAAAAAAGGUACAUGUGGAACUGUAAUUGUCCGUUUUAUUUUUGGUAUUGUUUAGAAGAUGUGGUGAUCUGUUCAAGGUAUUUGCAUAUGCACAGUUCUAAAAUGAAGAUGGGUUACUGAUAAAUGAGUUUUUAAGGUGCCUGUGAAAUUUGCUAUAGAAUAGUAUGUCUGCAAAACGUGCUAUAGAAUAGUAUGUUUUUCUGCAUGUACUUCUGUUUACUUAUCAUGUUUACUAUGUUAGGGAUACUUCAUUCUUUGUCACACUGCACUAUUCUUCUUUUGAUGAAAUUUUCCUAUAGCAUUGUUUUGUGAUUAUGUAAAUGAAUAUGCUAGUCAUCUAAAUUUUUGCAAUUCAACUUCUAGUGACAAAAUUGUACAGUUUGAAUCUCAAGAUGGCCUUCUACCAUCCUUUGGCACUCAUCUUUCCCCACCACCAAAAAAGGGAAAAGAAAAACUUUUGGCACUAUUUGAGUUGGAGGAUGGUGUUACUGUGUUAGGGUGGUUGGUGCACAAAAGUUGAAAUUCUUGCUAUGAAUGCUCCAAUCACUUAGAGGGGAGCCUUGGCGCAGCGUUAAAAGGGUUCGAGUCUUGGAAACAACCUCUUGCAGAAAUUCUGGGGAAGGUUAUGUACAAAAGACCCAAAGUGGUCGGACCCCUCCCGGUACCCUUCGCAAGCGGGAGCUGCGUGCACCUGGCUGCCCUUUUUUAAUGCUCCAAUCACUUAGAACCCACCGAGUCAUUCGUAUGGGCUGCUCAAUUCCGAAUGUUGUGUGAAUGAAAUUUCGAUGACAAAUGGUUAAACUUGACGUUUACAAGAUUUAUGGAUGGUACAUUCAUAACGAGUACUCAUUUUACCUCUCUUUGGAAGUGGCAUUUCCACUGUUACUCUAUCUCUUUUCGUGAGUGCUCUUUGCUUUUUGUGCAAGUGGUGGAUACAUAUACAGCUACCUUGGCAGAAGAUGUUCUUAUAACAGUUAAGCCCAUCUGCAAACCUUUGCAUCCUUUAUGGGCGCUUGUACUGGAAGCUUCAAAACUUUCAGACCAUGCAAUAUUCAGUUACAACAACCCGGCACUUUUGCUUCAGAUUCAGAAAGUGUUCAGCUCAAUCCUUCUGCUAUGCUGGCGGUCUUUUUAAAGAAGGUGGCCAUAUCUUGUUAGAUGAGGUCGGAAACAGUACGAUGAUUUCUGUAUCGCCCUGUGCUGUACUAGUGUCUGGUGGGUAGUCAGAACUGAGAAGGGCCGAGCCUGAAGAAAGUCCUAGUGGUAGAUGAAUAUUCUGCAGUUGACUCGCAUAUACCUGUGUGAGUAGUGGGAAGGGCAAGUUGACAGCAGUCCUAGGAAGGGUAAGGUGCAACAGUGGGACUGGGACUAUAUCUGAGUAAGUAGUGCGAAAAAUCCCGCUCGACGCUGACGCCGGGUGCUGGUGCCUAGUGGAUCCCUGAAUCAGCUUGUGCUGUAUUGCUUCCUUUUUACCUACUCUUAUUUCUGAAAAUGGACUGAUCUGACUGUUUGUCAUAGAACUCAUAGUACGUCCAGCUGAUGAUCUUCUCUGUAAACAGGCGGUGGUUUUUGAAAUUCAGAGAGUGUGGCUGACUGGAAGAGUAUAAUAUAUAAUAUAUAUUAUCGUUGAAAGCUCGGAAAUGAAAAUUUUCCUAGAGCAAAGCUUCUGGAAUCCAUACUUACUCGCUCUUUUCUGGUUAUAAUGCUGUUUCAGAAAAUUGCGCGCUUUGGUCCUGCCAUGAAGUCGGCGCGAGUGCGGAGCAAGAUCCUGCCAUGGAGCAGGAUCGCAUGGAAGAAGAUGAGGUUGGUCUGCACUCUGCACAGGAUCUUGAGGGCUUUCACAUGGAGGAUCCCCAUGGUGGAGGGAGGCAUUAUUGACGAACUGCGCAGGUACUGGCUGCAUCUUGGCCCAAUCGCCGUGAUCCAUCCAUCCAGAUCUGCGUGACAGCUUCCUUCCUUGCCCAAUCAAGGCUGAGGUAUCUUCAUGUGGCCGUCCCUCCCUUUUGUGCCGCCAAAGCUGCACAGUAGUACAUUGUAUCCCGCGAUGAUCCGGUGUACAGUACCUAGUGGCGUGCCGACUUUUAACUGGAUUCCACUCUUGUUGCAGUGCUUUGCUCGAUCAUCACCUUUGUUUC